UGGUUCUUCCUUUUUAGAGCUUCCACUCAGAGUCUGACUGAGUUCGAUUCUACAGUACUCUCUCAAACACACAGAUGAGUUUAUGAUUAGAGAGCUUGGAGAUGAACUGCUCUGAUAUUAUACUGAUUCUAACUGGAAUUCUCACCUCGGCACAACUUCAACAUGAAUUGAUGGCUACCUAUGGAUGCUUUGAGUCAGGUGAUACUGAAGUGGUGUUGUUGAUGGAUGGGAAUGAAGUCGGCUAUGCUGAUUUCAAGGAAGGAAAGGGGGUGUGGACGGGACCUAAUGUUCCACCAAUUAUAACAUCCCAUUCACUGAUAGCUUAUGAAUAUGCUAAACUGACUAGAAUUUGGUGCAUGGAGCGUAUGGAAUUUGGAAAAGGUGCAGUACCCAGCAUACCACAAGUCAAAGAUGCCCCUGAGAGCAUCAUCUACCCCAGGGAUGAGGAGGAGUUGGGGGUGGAGAACACGCUCAUCUGCUUUCUGAAUAAUUUCUACCCCCCCCCAAUCAAAGUAAAUUGGACCAAGAAUGGCCUGGAGGUGACUGAGGGAGCGUUUCUCAGUCGGUACUAUCCUAAUAAAGAUGGAACAUUCCACCAGUUCUCCACCCUGAGUUUCACCCCACAGGAGGGGGACGUCUACGCCUGCACUGUGGAGCACACGGCCCUGAAGGACCCCAAAACCAGGUUCUGGGAGCCUGAGGUCAGUGAGGUGAGUGGGUCCAGUGCUGGUCCUGCUGUAUUCGGUGGAGUGGGCCUGGCUCUGGGGCUGCUGGGGGUGGCUACCGGAACAUUCCUCAUCAUCAAAGGAAACCAGCGCAAUUGAGAACCAGAGAUGCAGAAUAGAGGUGAAAGUGACAUGUUAAAGGGCUGACAUGUGGGUAAUGUGGGUAAUGUAGAUAAUGGGGUAAUGUGGGUAAUGGGGUUAUGGGGGCAA